GGGGGGUUUGUGGCGGUGUGUGCCCCUUCUCUGAACACUGGACUGACCUGUAAAUGAAAGCCCACCCCAAGCCUGUAAAUCCCAGCGCUAGGGAGGCAGAGUCAGAAGGAUCAGGAUUUUAAAGCCGAUCUGAGCUACAUGAGACCCUUUCUCUAAAAUAUAUCUGAUAUCCACCCCAGGGCCCUGGGGCUGAGACUUGUGAAGGAUCUGAAGGAUUCCUCAGUGUCCUCACCAAUAAAGAGCAUGAACUUGUAGUGUGUGUGUACCUGGUGCAGAGCCGGCUGCAGCCAGCAGGGGCCAGCAGGGGGAGCCAUAGCAAACAGCUUGCCUGACAGAGAAGCCGCAGCCUGCUGAGGACUUCUGGUGACUUCUGGGCAAGGAAGCUGAGGGGAAGAUGCUAGGGGCCUAGAGGCAGGGUUGGGGGGCCCAGGGGCAGGGUUGGGGGGCCAGGAUGCAAAAGGGUCACCCUUGCUGAGGUUCUGACCUAAAAAUUGGCGAACUGGCCAAGUUAAGGUCCUGGGUCCCAGAUGUGUGACCCAGGGCAGGGCUGUAGCUUCAGAAGCCUUGGCCGACUCCUGACCUCUGCCUCAGACUGCUACCCUCCCCUGUAGAUUCUUUCUGGGUAGAUUCUUGUGGCUCUGGAGCACUGGUUUGCCUAGCCUGAGACAUGGGCUGAGGCAGAAAUUUGGGCUCUCCUGCACUCCGUAGCCAGGCAAAGGAGAAGCGGGCGCUGGGCAGAGUCCGGCUGGCCAAGAAGUAGCAUUUAGCCUUGAACCAUCUUCCUGAGCAAGAUGGUGGCGGGCGGUGCCGGGGGAGAGGGGGUCAGGGUCAGGGAUGGGCACGGUGUGAUGUGUAGACUGGAGUCUGGAAGCGGGGAUGCUUCAUAUGGAAUUUAAAUGUCUGGGUGCGGUCUGUUUCCCGGUCAGCUCUACAGACAUGGAUGUGUUCCGGAAAGUCGAAAAGAUCGGAGAGGGCACCUAUGGGGUGGUCUAUAAGGCCAAGAACAAGGAGACAGGGCAGAUUGUGGCCCUCAAGAAGAUCAGGCUGGAUGUGGAGGCUGAGGGGAUCCCCAGCACUGCCAUCAGAGAGAUCUCCUUGCUCAAAGAAUUGAAGCACCCCAACAUCGUCAAACUGCUGGAUGUGAUCCAUAGAGAGAAGAAACUCUACCUGGUGUUCGAGUUCCUCACUCAGGACCUGAAGAAGCACAUGGAUUCCGCCCCCACCCCGGAGCUCCCCCUGAACAUAGUCAAGAGCUACCUGUCCCAGCUGCUGCAGGGACUGAAUUUCUGUCACUGCCAUCGGGUCAUCCACCGAGACCUGAAGCCUCAGAACCUGCUCAUCAAUGAGUUUGGAGCCAUCAAGCUGGCUGACUUCGGACUGGCUCGAGCCUUCGGGGUUCCCAUGCGUACCUACACCCACGAGGUGGUGACACUGUGGUACCGUGCCCCCGAGAUCCUCUUGGGCAGCAAGUUCUAUUCAACAGCCGUGGACCUCUGGAGCAUUGGUUGUAUCUUCGCAGAAAUGGUGCUUGGCAAACCUCUGUUUCCUGGUGAUUCGGAGAUCGACCAGCUCUUUCAGAUCUUCCGUAUCCUGGGGACCCCCAGUGAAGCCACAUGGCCAGGAGUCUCCCAGCUGCCUGAUUAUCAGAGCAGCUUCCCCAAGUGGACCAGGAAGGCGCUGGAGGAGAUCGUGCCUAGUCUGGGACCAGAAGGCAAGGACCUGCUCCUGCAACUCCUGCAGUAUGACCCCAGCAGGCGGAUCACAGCCAAGACCGCCCUGGUCCAUCCCUACUUCUCUGCCGAACACUCCUUCGCACCCUGCCAUUGCAUGAUGGAGCGUUUCUACCACUGAGAACAUGUAUGUGGGGCCCACCCCUCGUGCCCACCCAUUUCCAAUAAAGCAUAUUUGGAGAGAGCAUA